UCAGUUUAUUAGUAUUUCAACAUGGAUUAUUCAUGACAAAGACACCAGACAAUCUCCUCUAAAAAAGCCAGCAUCAUGACAAACAGAUUUUUUCAACAGCUGAAAGUUCUACUUUGGAAAAACUAUAAACUGAAAACUCGCAGACCUGUUUUAUUUGUCAUAGAAAUUUUUAUUCCAAUUGUGCUAUGCUUCAUUCUUGGGCAAGUAAGAAGAACGAAACCACCAUCAGUGAUGACUUCAAGUUAUCAUUAUGCUACUGGAAUGCCGUCAGCUGGUCUGAUUCCUUUCAUACAAGGACUACCUGUAGUUGGAUGUUGGGACUACGAGCAUUUCAAUGUCGAAUAUUAUCCUUUUCCAAAAUGGUUUCAAGAAUUGCCUAAUAUUGAAAAAGCAUUCAGAAAAGUUGCAGCCUGGCCUCUUGUUCAUAAUGAGACAAUGAGAACUGCAUUUCAAGAAUUUGCGAUGAAUAAUCUUUCCCUAAGUAACAAAGAAGCGACUGCUUUAACAGUAUCCACUGUAAACCUGACAUCUGCAUUCUCAUCUGAUAUUUUUGAUGUCGAUGGUGUUACAUCAGAACUUGGCGAAUCUAAUACAGGAGAUCUGCUUCUCUAUAUUAUUGACUCGGAUAUUGAUUCAAUAUUCGGACUGAUCCUAAAUGCGAGAGCCUGCAAAGGCACUUUGGAAAGUAUGAUGGACUUUCCACAAAAAGUUCCACAUAAACUCACAACUGAGGAGAUGGCAAACGUGAAUAAAGCAAUUUGUGAUAUGGGUCCAACCGAAGAGAUAACUUUCAAUUAUUUCACAAAACCUGAUCAGACUGAAAUUCAAUCUGAAGUUGCCACGCUGACCAGCCUUGUAAAACAAUCCUUUUAUCCCAUCCCUAUUGGAGCUAGUGCUCCCGUGAUUGAGAUUUAUCAGAGGUCACUCAAACUUGAGUACAGAGCUUUAAGGACUACGCUGGCGUUGAUAAAGUACUAUAUAUGUCCUACCCUUAAAAACGACAUGGAUAAAUUCUUCAUCAACUUGGAGAAGGACAUGGACUUGUACGAGGCAGAGAAACAGGAUUACCAGACGACCCCACCCCUCUACCCACCAGAGGACCCAGAUGUUAAACUCCAGUCCCCCCUACAACCUCACCGCAGAAGCGCUGACCAAAACAUCUUCAAUCAUAACAAGGGAGAGCAUCUCGACCCUUACAAGACUAAGCGAGAAAUUAGAGACAAGCAAGGAACUCUAGAUCAAAUGAACCCGCUCUCUAAAAACGACCCCGCCCGUGCCAAUCAUCCCAACCAGUACUUAACUAAACGGGAAAUAACGGACAGGCAAGGCGAUAGUUCUGUAAAUGAAAUGAACCCACUCUCUGAAAAACAUUCAUCACGUAACGUCAAGAAAUCACUUGAAUCGAACCCAAAUGAGAUCUCAGUGAUUGAGAGUGAGAUUUGGUAUACGCUCACCCAGGGUAGGAUUUACUACUCCCCCAAGACUCCCCUUGUUGAGGACAUCAUAUCACAUGCAAAUGCGACUUUUAAGAAAAUGGCAGAUCUUGUUAAUGGGACAUCUAAUCUUGAGAAGAAAAUAGAAAACCUAAUGGUAGAAAUGGAUGAUCCUGCGAAAAGCAUGUUUAUCACAACUGGUAUCAACGCUCUGAUAAAGUAUAUGGGACUCCCUCCGACUGACAAUGCCACCGCUGUUCUUGAGGAUGUUUCUAAUGUUUUAAAACAGCUGAUAACACUGCCUGAGUCGUUCUCCUUGGACCGCUUCACCGGGUUUGAUACUGAGAGAGAGAUGGAACUAGCGGGGGUUGCAGCUGAGAAAUCUAAUGAUACUUGGUUGUGGGCAGGGGUAACAUUCGAGGACUUGGCGGACAACAUAACAGAGUUGCCGGAUAACAUUCGAUACAAGAUACGGAUGAAGACUGGAUACAUGCCUCCUCUUCAGAAUAUCAGAUACACGUACUGGAGGAGCUACCCGUACGAUUACCUCUGGGACCGUCAGUACUGGGUAUUUGGGUUUGUGUACAUUCAGGACUUCAUAGAGCGGGGCAUCUCUGAUUUUAUUGGGAAUGGAACAUUUAAUCUCCCUGGAUCUUACUCUCAGAUGUUCCCGUAUCCAUGCUGGUUAAACGACAAGUACCUGUUUAUAAUCUCCAGGACACUGCCCAUGUGUAUGGUUAUCAGCUGGGUUUACAUAAUCGCUAUGAGCACUAAACGAAUCGUCUACGAGAAGGAGCUCCGCUUGAAAGAGGUGAUGAGGGUUAUGGGGCUUGGUGAUGCAGUACACUGGUGGGGGUGGGGUAUCACCUUGUUGGUUACAUCCAGUGUCACCAACGUCUUCCUGGUCCUCAUCCUUAAACACGGUCAAAUAACGAUAUUCAGCGACUGGUUCCUAAUCUACAUUCUCCUCUCCAUGUUUUCUCUCUGCAACAUAGCCAUGUGUUUCCUCAUUUCUGUUUUCUUCGUGCAGAGUAAGCUUGCAGCUGUGGUUAGUGCUGUGGCUUUCUACACCUCCUACCUCCCCUACACAAUCGCUUCUCUGCAGGAGGAAAAUAUGGACUUUUGGAUGAAGAUGUUGGCUAGUGGUUCCUCGACUACAGCAUUUGGUUUUGGCAUGCUUCAAAUAGCCAGGUUUGAAGAACAAGGUAUCGGGCUCCAGUGGGAUAACUUCUACUAUCCUCCAGAUAAUGCCCAGGAGUUCUCCACUCUCCACGUGUUUGGCAUGAUGGCAUUUGACUUUGUCUUUUACAUCCUUCUUACUUUCUACUUUCAGCAGGUGUUACCGUCAAAUCACGGAUUUAUCUCAAAGCCCUGGUAUUACCCCAUUAAGGGGUGCCUGAAGCCGAUAGUAAGAUGGUUGGAGAAUGCCGGUGCCCUCAGACAGGGCUACAUGGAGGUUCCUGAUGAAGUGGAUUUUGUUGAGUUAGAGCGAUGCGAGGAUACAGAAUUAGAUUGUUGUGAGAUAGAGCCGGUAGGGAAACAUCUCAUACCGGGAGUGGAGAUGGUAGCUCUUAGCAAACAUUACGGAGGGAAACACAACCCUUACGCGCUCCGCAACCUUUCUCUCAAGCUAUACCAAGGACAAGUAACAGCACUAUUAGGACACAACGGAGCAGGUAAAACUACAACAAUGUCAAUACUAACUGGGAUGAUAGGACCUACCUCCGGACACUACGACAUCAGAUACGCUUCAGAGGAAGCACUAGACUGCCGAGACACAGUAGGAGUGUGUCCUCAACACAACGUGCUGUGGGAUGAGCUGACUAUUGCUGAACAUCUGCUCUUCUACGGACAACUCCGGGGUAUGAGCUAUGAUAAGAUAAACAGAGAAAUGGAGAAGUUUAUAUGCGAAGUGGACCUCCCGCUAGAAAAGAGGAACUGCGAAUCUAAAAUUCUCUCUGGUGGAAUGAAGAGGAAGUUAUCAGUAGCUAUAGCAUUCCUGGGCAGCACCAAGACACUGAUCCUGGACGAGCCGACAGCAGGGGUUGAUCCUAAAGCUAGACGGGAUAUCUGGGAUAUGAUCGUUAAGAAUAAGAGAGAUAGAACUAUUCUUCUGAGUACACAUCACAUGGAGGAAGCUGACGUGCUAGGUGACCGUAUAGCUAUCCUCAGUCAGGGUAACCUCAUCUGUUGUGGAAGUAGUCUCUUCUUGAAACGGCUCAGUGGCGGAACCUACUUCCUUACUGUCGAGAUCAAUGUUGGCACACCGCCAGAAACACUAGUUAAAAUAGUGGAGGAGAUAUUCAGCUCUGUUUUCAUCAGAAGUUCUAGUUCUAAUCAGAUAGUGAUGGAGCUUGAAGCGUCUGAUAUGGACUUGUUCGAGAAGCUCUGUAUAUGUCUGGAUGAGAUGAAGAAAGCUAACGAGAUUGCCAGUUACGGUAUCAGUGCUCCCACAAUGGAGGAAGUGUUUCUGAAACUGUCCUCCUCAUCCCACCACGACACUAAGUGGCAGGACAACAACAUUAGGCUGGCUAGCAAAGGAGUUGGUGACGUCACUGAUCAUGGUGAUAAUGACGUCACGCUCAAUGGUGGUGACGUCAUGACUAAUGGUGACACGCGGAACGGUAGAUUAGAUACGAUAUUUGAAGAUAAUUCUACUAGUGCUACAAAUCUAGAUAAGAACGGUAACAAGGAUGAGAAUUCUGUUCACUUCAAUCAGAAAGCUGACACGUCAAGUGAUGACUCUCCUGUUGAUUUAACUGAGACUGAUGAGCCGGGUAGUACUGAUUUUACGUACAGACAGAUGCCAAGUUUUGGUUCGUCCAAGUCGCCCCUAGUAACAGGGGGAGGUGACGGUAUUUACAAUACUGGGUACAGACUCUACUGGCAGCAGUUCACUUCACUGUUUAUUAAGCGCUGGCAUCACGGCAAGAGGGACAAGAAGGGAGUGUUCGCUCAGGUGGUUCUCCCGGCAUUAUUCAUAGCAGCUGCGAUGUCUAUAAACGUUGCAGUACCCAUGAACUCUAACUACAAGCCACGUGUUCUCUCCUUCUCCAUGUUCCAGACUCCUAACUACAUUCCAUUCGAGAUGAGGACCCCUGACACUAACGUAACCCCGUUCAACUCCUCACUACUCCGUGAGUUCGGGGUAACAUACGGGGACUACUUCCUGCGAGAGGUGCCAGCUGCGCCGCGCGAGAUCUCCUUUGAAAGCUCUGACACCUACCCCUCACGUGUUUAUGAAAGUGGUGGUGAGUGGAAAGCAGAGCGCGAUUUUGUUCCUCAGUAUCCCACCUGUGAUGUGAGAUAUAGGAUAAACAACUGGUCAGGACCAGUUCCGUUCCCAACCGGAGGAUUUGAAACAGCUUCUGGUGAUAUACUGGCCAAUGUAACGGGGAAUAAUCUUACUAACUACCUGCUUAUCACUCAGCCUGAAUAUAAACUAUCAAGGUACACGGCGCUAACGUUUGACGAUAAAAGAAGUGAUAUUAUACCUGAGUACGAUUCAGCCUACUCUGCUAAACGAAAUAUAGUUAAAACGUGGUAUCUGAAUAAAGGAUACCAUGCGAUGCCAACUGCGCUGAACGCAAUGAACAAUCUACAGCUAAAGAAUGCAGGGUCUAAGCACCAUAUCACUGUAGCAGCACAGGCAAUGAACAACACAGCCACAAAGACAAGUCACGAGUACAUCCAACAAGGGGUGCCCAUAGUUAUCAGUAUCUUCAUUAUCGUGGGUCUGAGUUUUGUGCCCACUAGCUUCGUGGUGUACUUAGUGGCGGAGAGGAGUAGCAAUGCUAAACAUCUUCAGUUCUGUGCAGGUGUGGGAGCAGAAGUAUACUGGAUAAGUAACUACGUGUGGGAUAUGUUCAACUUCCUUCUUCCUACUUCAGUCUCCAUUAUUGUCUUCUACGCUUUUCAGCAGGAGGCGUUUGUUAAUGAAAUAGGAGCAGUGGUGGUGUUGAUAAUGCUGUACGGUUUAGCGGCCACGCCCAUGUUCUAUCCUGCAUCCUUCAUAUUCAAGAUCCCGUCAGCAGCGUACGUUACCUUGCUGUGUUCCAAUCUGUUUGUGGCUGUUACUACGAGUUACUCAGUCUUUACAUUGGAGCGGUUCCCAGAGGAUGAGACCCUAACUAUGUACGCUAACGUACUAGAUGUUGCAUUCCUAGUGUUCCCUCCCUACUGUCUUGGUAAAGGAUUUGUAGAUCUCACCUACAAAUAUGUCAUGACUGUUAUUUACGAAUCUAUGGGUAUCAAAGCUAAUGGUAAGUUAGUAGAGAACGCAUGGGGCUGGCGCUGUUUAGGAAGAUACAUCUGUGUUCUGCCUCUUACAGCUGUGUUCUGGCUCUGUGUCACCAUCGCCAUUGAGAAGUACACGCUAAGGAAGAGACGGGUUAUAAGAACUCUAGAUUCAGAUGACAGCGAGGUUAACAAUGAUGUUCACUUAGAACAGCUCAGAGCCAAGGAGUCAAAAGAUGAUAUACUGAAUGUUAAUGGGUUAACUAAAAGAUAUAAGACCUAUUCAGUGCAGUACUUUAGAGACCUUUUGAGACGCAGGCCGACCGCUAAACAUUCAAACGUUGCUGUAAAGAACGUCAGUUUCGGUGUCAAAAAGGGAGAAUGUUUUGGACUGCUUGGAAUUAACGGAGCCGGUAAAACCAGCACAUUCAACAUGUUGACUGGUGCACUGAGUGUCACUGCAGGCGACGCGUCUGUUGGUGGUUACAGUGUCGUUACUAAUCUUCACAAAGUUCAACAGCUGUUGGGAUACUGUCCCCAGUUUGAUGCUCUUAUUGAUUCGUUAACUGGUCGGGAGAUGCUGACUUUGUUUGCAGGACUGCACGGUGUGAAGAACCCUACAAACUCCGCAGAUAGCUACAUCAAACAACUAGGAAUUCAAAAGUACAGUAAUAUGCAGUGUCACAAGUACAGUGGGGGUAAUAGAAGGAAACUGUCUGCAGCGAUAGCUUUGGUUGGAAGUCCUGAAGUGCUCCUUCUCGACGAACCUACUGCGGGGAUGGAUCCUGGAGCUCGUCGCCAAUUGUGGGGAGUAAUCAGAGCUGCUAAACGUGUUGGUACCAGCAUACUUCUAACAAGUCACAGUAUGGGUGAAUGUGAGGUGUUGUGCGACAGAAUUGGUAUCAUGUGUAAAGGUCGACUACAAUGUGUUGGCACCCCACAUUACCUUAAACAGAAGUACGGGAGCGGCUAUACCGCCACAAUAAAAACAGGAAACGUUGGCGUGCUGAUAGCACGGUUAGAGGAGGAACUAACAACUCCAACACUACUAGAACAUCAUCACAAUAUGGUUAUCUACUCCAUCCCCCAGCAUUCCUCACUCGCCCCCCUCUUCUCAGUCUUAUCUCGGCUCCGAAAGGAAGAUGUCUGUGAGGACUACUCCAUAUCCCAGUGUUCUUUGGAGGACGUUUUUAUAAACUUUGCUCGCGACUCUGAACUAUCACGUGAUGAUGAUGAUGAUGACGACAUCAAGGCUCAACUCAGCCCCCAGAUACAGACCAAAACUCCUAAUAAUUACCUUCGUAAUGAUUUUAAAGUUUUGUGAACAAUAAUUGGUAUAUAAUCAUGUAGAGAAUUAUACAUAGAGCGCGCUGUAUAAUGUAUAGUGUACAGCUGUAUAAUAGUGUGCAGUGUAGCUGUAUAGUGUACAGUAUAGUGUAGAGCGUGCUGUAAACUAUGUAGUUGUACUAUACAGCGCGUUGUAUAAUGUAGAUAAUAUUAAUAUAGUUAGUAUUUUUCUUUUUAUUGCAGAUAUUGGAGCAGGACGGUAAUUUAUUAGUCGAAAUUAAUCUUGAAUCUAUUGUUAUUAUGAUCUGUGUGUUGCAAACUUGAUAUUUUUAUUAUAUUAAUGGUUCGGAGCGCGAGAUAUUGGCUGCUGUGAUGUUAUUCUUUUAGAAUUACUAAAAGUGAAACUUUUCAAUGUUUUUUCUUUAAUCUGCGUAAGUCCCAACUAUCGAAAAACAUAAUUGCAAGCAUUGGGUCACAGCAGCUAAAAUAAAAAUUAAUUCCAUGGAACGAUAUUAUUUCAAAAUUGUUUCAGAGUUAAUUUAUAAUUUGUGGGAUCACAUUUGUUCGGUUUGCUCGAACAUUACGUAGAUUUUUUGCCAUUAUAACAUAUAAGGAAUUUCGAUGUUAAUAACGUAGUGAAAUUGUCCAGAUUUAGAUAAUUUUGACGACUUGAACUUAUUUACUCGCUAAAUUAAAAUAUCUCCAUAAUUAGAGAAUUCCCAAAAAGUUCGAAAAUGUUAGUGAUCCUCUGACCCACGUUUUCGAGUUAAAAACAAGUUGUGAAACUGGAGCAAAGGAAUGUAAAUUAUAUUUUGUACGUGCAGAAUACGUCUUUUUGGUAGGUAGGUAGGGUUUAAGUAAAUUCAUGAUAUAUGUUGUCCUGACAAAGUUAUGUCUAUGAUGAUUGUGAUGUAAAAUAGCUGAAGCAGAUGAUGGUUUGUUUCACGAGAACUCAUAAGAUGUUUAAAUAAUUUGUUAUAGUUUUUCAGUUUUAAUUCUCCUUACUGGAGACAUA